CCUCACCGCCAUCUGUGCAAACUUCGCAACUGUACUCAUGGCUCAACCAGAGACCCACACACCACAACCUACCAACAGCACAAAGGCACAUUGGCAAGAAUCGGAGGUGGAUGUCCUACUUCAACACCUGAUCGAGAACCAGGCAGCAGGCGGUGAUGGUGGAAACUUCCCGAUGCCUAUCUUCAACAGUGCAGCAGCUGCUAUCAACGCUAACGAGGUGAUUCAGACUAUAGGCCCACAAAAGACGGGCAAGAUGGCAAAGACAAAGUGGACCUUGCUCAAAAAAACCUUCAAUCAAAUUGAGAUCUACCGCAAUGUGUCUGGUUUUCACUGGGACAACAUACGAGGAGCUGGAAUCGAGGGCGUCGCUGCCGCCAGCGUCUGGGAUGCAUAUGUUGCACCAAAGUCACGAGCUACACUACGCCUUCUUCGCAACAAAGGAUGGCCUCGGUACGACGACAUGCAGACUAUCCUGGGCGAGAACAGUGGUGCCCGUGGACGCCACUCUUUCCCACCAGUCCCUGUAGCUAUGAUGCAUCAAGUCUGCUAA